GUGAGGAUAGAUCAGCCUGUGGCCCCUCUGCUUAUGCAUGGCUCCCGUGUUCUUGAACUUGUCGACAACCACGCGAUGCCUUCGUUGUCUGUUCCAGAUGCGCAUACGGCCGCUUCGGCGUGCUCGUCCCUGCCAUCUUCUUCCGAGCAAACCGCUGCUUCGGCAUGCGUGUCCCUGCAACCUCCAGAGCAUACGGCUGCUUCGGCAUGCGCGUCCCUGCCAGAGCAUACGGCUGCUUCGGCAUGUGCGUCCCUGCUAGAGCAAACGACCGCUUCGGCGUGUUCGUCCCUGCAAGAGCACACUACCGCUUCGGCGCGUCAGUCCCUGCUAGAGCACACUACCGCUUCGGCGCGUCAGUCCCUGCCAGAACACACAGACGACACGCUCUCUGAUCGAGAUGUGCAGAUGGAGGAUCCAUCGUAUGACUUUGUGUCGUAUGAUGUUGGAGCCUUCAAUUUAAUGCCUUCUUCGGCUUUGUUGGCGGACGCUUCUGAUGUGCGGCAUGAAGGUGAUACUUCUGUCGAAAAUCCAUACUUUUUCGAGCAUACGACCGCUUCGGCGUGUUCGUCCCUGCAAUAUGAGCAUACGACCACUUUUGUGCGUUCGUCCCUGCCAUCACGACAAAAACGAUCGUGGCAUACCGCCUUUGGCGUGUCCCUGCCUGAUCAUGGUGAGGAAUAUCGCGUAGUUGAGGACUCUCCCGAGGACUCUCCUGCCGAUUUGCAGCCGAUGGAAGCUGAGGAUGAAUCCCCAGCUCGGUCUGACCUCCAACGCUACAUAGCGAUGACCGAUGAUGAGCUUUUGGCUCUCAUCAACCCCUCCCAAUCUGACAUCAACACCGACGCCGUAACCACCACCGCCACCCCAGAACCCGCCGCCUCUUCUCUCCCGCUCCUCACGUCAGAGGAUCUUGAUGCCAUCCGUGCUCAAGUUGCCGCCGAGGCCGAGGAAGAUGACAGUGGUUCCGUCUCUUCUCUCCCUUCUCUCCGUUCGGAAGAUCUUGCUGCUCUCCGUGCUCAGCUCGACGCUGAGGCAGAAGAUCUUGAUGGCUGGUUCGACGAUUUGAUCGUUGACCAGUAGGUGUUGUCCUGCGCGCUGCUGUGUGCAGCUUGGUGCGAUGUGGGUGUGGCAGGUUCUUUUUUUUUCGUUGCGGUGCUUCGUGGUUCUGUCGGGUUUCUUUCUCCUCCUCCUCCUGAUCCUCCUCUUCUUCCGUUCUGGUGUUCCUGUUGUGCGUUGCUGCUGUCGCGUUUUGUGCGUGCUUUUCUUCUUUUUGGCGUUUUCGAUGCGUCAACUGACGCGAUGGUGUGGAAAGCAUUUGGGGCUGUUUUUUCUUUCUCUUUGGCGCUUCGU